AUGGCGUCGUCAAGUUCCAGUGAAAAUCCAGAUGUCAACGUGGCAGCUCGAGAACACAUUCUUGCAAUGCUCUCAGCUACCGGAUAUCAUCGAGCACGAGUUGCGAUUCUCAAUGAUUAUGAUAGAAUGGUCGGUGGAAUCGCGUGGGCGAUCACACGAUUUGAUGACGUGGCGGUGGCAGCGAAUCUUCUUUACGAAGAGUCGAAUGAUCAGAAUAUUAAGCUAAGAACUGAACAAAGUGAGAAGAUAAUCGAAGCGCUCACCGCUGUCGGUUGCCCCCAUCAAAUCUCCGCCCACCAACUAUUCGGUCUCGACUAUCCGGCGAUCAAGAAUGUUCUCCAAUGGCUUCUUCGAAAAGUGGUCACUCAGAGUUGUCAGGAACGACAACAGAAUAAAUUCCGCGAGUGGUUCUCAAUGAAUCAUUAUAAACAGAAGGGAAACGAGCAGAAGACGUUGACGACGUUCAGAGAAGGAUUGAAAGCGUCGAGACGGUUGAAUACGACGAGGAAUAUGAAACGAUUCGAUCCGGCGAUUAUGUUUGAUUUGACGUUGGAUGCGAAGUGUACGCUGGCGGAGUAUACGAUUUAUAGGAGAACGGGCGAGAGGUUUUAUCCGGAUGAGCAGAUGAAAGAGUGGAUUGAUGAGAAGAUUCGGAGAGAAGUGGGGGACGGUGACAAUUUACAGGAGUCGUCCGCCAAGCGAUUCGUUCAAUCAAGUACCGCCCGUCAACUAAUGGAACAGGCGGUCCAUGUGACAUAUAAAAACGAGCCUCCAAUGCAUACAGCACUCCGUUUGAGUAUGGCCAAGACACUCGACUCAUUCCAAAUCCCUCAACAUCUCGAAAUUCUCGAAAAUCGAAUUGUCGACGAGGCGGCCGAAUUCCAGAGGACACAAAUCGAGCACGAGCAACUCUAUCAGAAAUAUUCGACCGUUUUGAACUUUUCCGAUGAAAACGAGAAGAUAUCGGCACGUAGCAUGCUCGACAUCCUACGUAUAUUUCAAGAAACGCAACACCGUGCCGUCGAAAUGCGUAAUUGGGUGGUGAGAGACCACCAAAAGUGUCGUCGCGAAGAGGAAAGUCUCCGUGUGAAUAAGGAUGAAGACGGCAAUUAUCAGAAGUAUUGUGCCUAUAAGAGAGAGAUAAUGGAGCAAUACGCGGUGAAGACGCGUCUCGCCGCCGAGGUACUUCGAGAGGUGCUCACACUUCAGUUCCGAUUGGAUCGAAUCAUGUCAAGUGUGCUGACGUCUCACCAGACGAGACGAAAUAUGGAACAGAUUCACAAUUCUGCACAGUUGACGCAGGAGGCGAAAAAGGCGGUUAUCGAUUAUAAUGUGACUGUGGAUAUUAUGAAGUUUAAUACGAGAAUAUCGGAUUUCGCGAACGAAGUGGAGAGGAGUAUGAAGAUUGAACCAUCCACUCAAGAAUACCGUGACGCAUUCGUCUCCUACAUGAACGACGUCCGCAUCCAACUUGCCGAAUAUCACUGGAAAGCGAAAAUCACUCAGGACAAAUCGAUCGCCGAGAAAGAGGCGUUGGCUCAGUUGCGAGUGGCGAUUCGGGCGAAAGAGCGUGAAGUGUCGUUCACUUCGUACGAGUUGAAGAAGGUGCUCGCGGUGAAUGCAGUACUUCAGAAGACGUGUAACCAGUUGUUGGAUCUCGAGGAUAGAUCACCGGCAUAUCAGCGUGCGGUGGCGAGAAAGGCGGCGCAGUUGGCGAAAUCUUGA